UGUGUGUGUGUGUUUGUGUGUGUGAGAGAGAGAGAGAGCUGACUAUACACAGGAGCCAGGGCUGCAGUUCACAAGAUCCACACAGAGCGUCUCCUCACCUGUGGAGCGAAGCGUGAAUUGGAGGUGGAAAGGCGCCCACGUUCCAAUGACCAAAUAAGGGCGAACGAGUGUGCCCACACGCUGAACGCACAGGCUAUUUUCAGUGAAUGUUCUAAUGAUUCGGUGGCUUUAAAUUUUUGUGUUUUGAGUGAAGGUACAUUUGGACUUUUGAUUCCUAUGCUGUCUGUAUUUAUUUUGUGUUUCUCACCUGGAUCUUAUCACUAAAAGCUCAAUGGAAAGGUAAAAGGACAGAGUGACUGCCAAGAAAAUAACUCGCAUCCAAGAGAUCCAACAAGUAGAUGAACGAAUAUUCUACCUCUGCACGAACGACUGGACUAAAACAACGGAUUAAGUAUCUUUGAAUGAUUUCAUUGUCUUUGGCUUUUUCUGUCUCUCCUCUAACACAGUGAGAGAAACCGCUGUUCCUUUUGAUUUGCUUGUUGCACUGACAUCUCACUGGCGGUGUGUCUCAGCAGAUGGUGCCACUGUGAUGUGUUUAGUUUUGUUCAGCAAAUAGCAUGUAUAAGUGUGACAAUUUAGGCAAUUAAUUAAACUCAAUAUUUGGCAAUUAAUUGCCUUAACCCAGGCUAGAUAUAUCUCACAUUUUGUGUAUCAAAUAACCGUCAAGUAUCCAGAUAAAUAAAAAGGAGAUACUGUGACAACUUCAAGUUUAUAUAUAAAGAAAAAUCCUCCACUAGGCUUCUCUGUGUUCAUUCACCAAGGAACGGGGUGAUAGGCUACCACGUAUACUCUCCUCUCUCCUAACUCUCCAACCUGGGACCACAGUUGUUCAUUUCUAUUCAUGGACUUGAUCCUCCGCACCCUUUUUGAAAGUGGGGUAAAGUUGUGAGCAACUCUCUUGAACUCUCUCUUAUAUGAAGAUCAGGGCACAGGUGGCAGCCCCAGACCGUCACCACAACUAUGCCUAUCAUGCAUCCAAUCACCUCCAAUUUGAUGUACCGGGGCAUCUGCACCAUCCCGGACAUGCUCGCCUACCGAGCCCCGGUCAACCUGCCCGAGGACGAGGUGGAAGAGAUCCGCGAGGCGUUCAAGGUAUUUGACCGUGAUGGGAAUGGCUUCAUCUCUAAGCAAGAGCUGGGCAUGGCCAUGAGGUCCCUGGGGUACAUGCCCAACGAGGUGGAGCUGGAGGUCAUCAUACAGAGACUGGACAUGGACGGUGAUGGUCAGGUGGAUUUCGAAGAGUUUGUCACUCUCCUUGGACCCAAGUUGACAGCAGCCGGAAUGCCAGACAAGUUCCACGGAACCGACUUUGACUCUGUGUUCUGGAAGACUGACAUGCAGAAGCUGACGGUAGAGGAGCUGAAGAGGCUGCUGUACGACACGUUCUCCGACCACCUCACCAUGAAGGAUAUCGAGAACAUCAUCAUGACCGAGGAGAGCCACAUAGCGAACCCAGGGGCCUGCCAGGUGGAUAUAGACACUAGUCCAACGCAGCAAGUGAAGCAGACGUGUGUACGCAAGAGCCUGAUAUGUGCUUUUGCCAUCGCUUUCAUCAUCAGCGUCAUGCUUAUCGCAGCCAAUCAGGUGCUUCGGAGCGGCAUGAAGUAGGCGGGAACAGCCAUGGCCUCCUGACCCUCUGAAAGAGACUGCUGUAAGACACCUGGACAAAUGACUCAGAAAAAACAGCUCAACAACAACAGACCAUUAAACCACCAUCAAAAUGAACUGACAUAAAGGCAUGGCUCUCAUCCAAAUGAAUUCUUGGGCAUAUUUCCCAACAUGCUCCUUUAUCUCCUAGCUGAAUGGAACCCAUAGAGACCCUAAACUACGGUGGCCUGGAGGAUGACCAUCAUCUGUGCAUGAAGUGCAUGGAUUUAACAAGUCGUCUCUUGAAACAUUUGUAGACGUUAUUAUCAGUGUAUAUCCAUAUGACUGUGUACCAAACAGAGGUGUGUCAUAAUUCAUUUAUGGUGAACCAACUGUGACCAACUUUGUUAAUGAGGUUGGGGUCAAGGGGUCAGUGGAGGGAAUGAACAAUGGGUUUUUACAUCUGUACUGUGUAUCAAACAACAACAAACAAGUGAAUAUUUCAUAAUAAAUGUGUAUUUCACAGUUCUGCAUGAUCAAAAGGGCUGUUUAGUAGACUACAGGAUCAUAUUGUAAAAGUAGUUUUUGGACAACUAUUCUUAUUGACAUACUGUGGACUAUUAGUUUCACUGAGCACCCCAUUACAAUCACAACAUAUCUCACAGCCAUAACGAUCAUAACGCAUCUCACUGCUAAAAAAUAUAAUAAUGUAUAUCACUGCCAUAAGGAUCAUAACAUAUCUCACUGCCAUAUGGAUCAUAACAUAUCUCACUGCCAUUGAAAAACCAACAACUCAGACGUGAUGGGAUUUGUUUUAGCAUAUCACUGAGAAAUCAUACAGUAUUUGCUUAAUACAGUGGGGAGAACAAGUAUUUGAUACACUGCCGAGUUUGCAGGUUUUCCAACUUACA